CCUUACAAAAAAAUAUAUUUUCUCAACAAUAAUGCCCUUUGCUAGACCCCACUUAACACUUGAUGUUUGCCCUUAAAUACCAAUUUUCAACCCAUCGUUAACUCCGUUUCCCACUCCGACCUCCCUCCGUCAUAUAAAACCCUAAUUCCGACAAUGUUGUCAUCGGUUUUUGCUCUGACCGACGACGGUUUUUCCGAAACAACGUUUUUUCCAUGGGACAAUGAAUCCCAAGAAAACCCGUUUGGUGUCCUAUCGUUUUCUGGUUCAGAUGACUCCACACCAAAAACCAAUAGCUCCAAUUCGGGGUCCGAUGACGGGUGUCCGGUGGUAGUCGACCUGAUGGAUGAACGAAAGAGGAGACGUAUGAUAUCAAACCGGGAGUCAGCAAGGCGAUCACGCAUGAGGAAACAAAAGCACUUAGAGAACCUGAGGAACCUGGUGAACCGGCAUAAGUCUGGGAACCGGGAACUAAUGAACCGGUUACGGUUUGCAGUUCAUCAUGGACAAGCUCUUGGGCAAGAAAACGAGCGGCUUCGAUCAGAAUCGGUUAUUCUCCGGCAAAAAUUAUGGGACUUGCAUCUAGUACUACGCGUCUGGCAGCUUCCAAACGAGUUAUUAUCGUCUGCAUGGCCAUGCAAUGAUAAUAACGAGACCUCUAGCAACAACAAAAGCAACCGUCAUUAAUUAUAUAGAAUAAGCUUUAUAUAUUUCAUUUCACUUAAUUAUUAAAUUAUAACUACGUGCAUGAAACCGUUAGUAUCUCUUCGUCUCUCUCUUUCUCAAGAAGUGCUUGGAGCGUAAGUAAUGGUGAAUUUAUAAGUUUGGUAUUUAAGAUGAUCUUCGAGAAUUGAAGGUGUUCGUAGAAAGAUGGGUGCUUUUGUCAUAACCCGAGUUGCCAUUUUGUAAAGUUUCACUACGUAGUGUUUGGCUAAUUAUGUGAAAAGCCAGUUUGGACCUUGGUGUAUCAUGUAUCUAUGAUUGCCUAUUUCUUUAUAUUUGAUAUUAUUUAAAUAUUUUAAUUUUAAUAUGUAAAUUAUAUUCCAA